UGUGUCUCAAUUCUUAAUCAUUGGGAUAGUUUUCAACGACCACAUUCUCCGUACACUCCCAAGGGAAAUUUUGUGGCCUUCUGCACCUCUGCUCCGUCCGCUUCCAAGAUUGCUUCUAAUUCCCUUAUUAGAAGAGGAUAGUCAGAAUAACAGCCUGCAAUUCUUGUGUCCCAAUAAUCACGACACCCACGAAUAGACCUAAGAGACCAAGAAAUUGUAACGAAGGACUGACUGUAUGCUAUGAAAGGGUAGGUUUAGAUCUGUCUUAAAAGGGAAGGCGGAAGGAAAGGGCAUCCCAAAUAAUAAGCUGUUUCAUUGCACUUAAGACUCACUGAACAACACUCAUGGUCCCAUGCUUGAGCUUAUCUUCAAAUUAUCUCUCCGAGAAAAUAGCAUGCAAAAAGUAUAGGAGAGGCAUCAAGAGGGGUUGCAUUAAAAGGCCUCAGAUAUUACCUACUGCAUUGAGAGAUGGUUUUGGCCUACGGGUUUUUGUGCUCUCCGACUUGCAUACCGACUAUCCAGAGAAUAUGGCAUGGGUGAGGAGUAUCCCCGCUAAGAGAAACAACAAAGAUGUUCUUCUUGUUGCCGGUGAUGUAGCAGAGGUGUUUGAUAAUUUUGUUUGCACCAUGUCUCUCUUGAGGCACAGGUUUGAAUAUGUCUUCUACGUACCUGGAAACCAUGAUCUUUGGUGUCGUUGGGAGAGAGAUGAUCUUGAUUCUCUUCAGAAGCUGAAUAAAUUGCUUGAUGCAUGUAGACAACUUGGAGUUGAGACCAAUCCAGUGGUUAUAGAUGGCUUGGGAAUUGUUCCUUUGUUUUCUUGGUACCAUGAGAGCUUUGAUAGGGAGGAGGACAUAACUGGGAUUCGAAUUCCGUCUUUGGAUAUGGCUUGCAAGGACUUUCGUGCAUGCAAGUGGCCUUGCAACCUUUCAAACAGGGACACCUCUCUUGCUUUAUACUUUGAUGCAAUGAAUGAAAACAACCAAGAUACUGUGAAGCAGAUCCAGAGGACUUGUAGCCAAAUAAUAACAUUUUCUCAUUUUGUUCCUAGGCAAGAGCUUUGUCCAGAAAAAAGAAUGCUGUUCUAUCCAAACCUCCCAAAAAUCAUUGGCUCUGAUUGGCUUGAAGAUCGUAUAAGGUCUAUACAUGGGAUUGAAGGUAGUUCCUUUGCAUGUCAUGUGUUUGGCCACACACAUUUUUGCUGGGAUGCCAUAGUGGAUGGUAUAAGAUAUGUACAGGCACCACUGGCAUACCCUAGAGAGAGGAGGAGAAGAAUGAAUGGGGGUGAGACUUGGUUGCCAUUUUGUAUUUAUUCAGAUGGGGAAUUUUCUGGCAGAAUUUCGCCUUGCUACUGGUCUGAUUAUUAUGCUGCAAAUCCAAGAGCCCCUCAUAACACUCAACUUGCACCUUGGGUUGCCAGAUUUUAUAACUUAAUCUAGCCAAAAAUAUAAAUGCUUGCCCAUUUAUUUUACCUCUUUUCUUAAUUUAUUUCAAUAAAUGUUUUGUAUUAUUAUUCAUUUAUAUUUGCUAAUAGUUGUAAUCUGAGCAAUCACCAUGAAACUACCUUUUCUUAAAAUUUGUUUUUCGCUCAAAAAAUUUGAGGGUAGAUAGAGUGCUUUGUGCCUCUUAAUUAAAUUUGGAGGUGACAAUCGGAUUAAGUUGUGUUGAGUCACUUUAGAGGUUAAAGAAAAUUUAGGCUAUUUAUUAGAUUCAAAUCUUUUGGAUUUCAAUUUUCAGAGUGUGACAUU